UUGCAGACAUAUUUAGAGGUACCUGUGGUUGUACAUGGUGGAGAAGGUACGGACACAACGCUCCUAGCUACUUCUUUGGCUCAAGUGAUUCUUGAUCCCGAUGCGAGGACCAUUAGAGGAUUUGAAUCACUGAUAGAGCGGGAGUGGAUUUGUGCCGGGCACCCUUUUCAACUACGUAAUGCGCACUCAGCAUAUGCAGAGGGAACAAUCACUGGACCACAAGAAAGUCCAGUUUUCUUAUGCUUUCUUGAUGCUGUGUAUCAAAUUAUUGCCCAGUUUCCUCAUUCAUUCGAGUUUGGGGAAGAUUUUCUCAUUUUCUUGUUCGAACAUGCUUAUGCAAGCGAAUUCGGGUCUUUUCUAGGCAACAGCGAAAAGAUGAAAGCAGAACUUGGUGUAAAGAAGUCAACUGUUUCUCUUUGGUCAUACGUUAAUAAUCCCGAAAUACUUCGAUCGUUUGUAAACGUCUUGUACGAACCGAGAGAAUCCGUGAUUUGGCCAUCGGUGGCGCCACAAAGCAUUGUGAGUCAUAGUUUCCACCAAAUAGUUGACUGGUAA